GGGGCCGACUGCGGAGCGCCCGCGGCUGUGGCGGCAAUAUGGCGGACGUGUUGAGCGUCGGCGUGAACCUGGAGGCCUUUGCCCAGGCUAUCAGUGCCAUCCAGGCGCUGCGCUCCAGCGUGAGCAGGGUGUUCGACUGCUUGAAGGAUGGCAUGCGGAACAAGGAGACGCUGGAGGGCCGGGAGAAGGCCUUCAUUGCGCACUUCCAGGACAACUUGCAUUCGGUCAACCGGGACCUCAAUGAGCUGGAGCGUCUGAGCAACUUGGUGGGCAAGCCGUCUGAGAACCACCCUCUCCACAACAGCGGGCUGUUGAGCCUGGAUCCAGUGCAAGACAAAACUCCGCUCUACAGCCAGCUCCUGCAGGCCUACAAGUGGUCCAACAAGUUGCAGUACCAUGCAGGUCUUGCAUCCGGCCUUUUAAAUCAACAGUCAUUGAAGCGCUCUGCAAAUCAGAUGGGAGUGUCAGCCAAGCGGAGACCAAAGGCUCAGCCCACCACCCUGGUCCUGCCGCCUCAGUAUGUUGACGACGUGAUCAGCCGCAUCGACAGAAUGUUUCCUGAAAUGUCCAUCCACCUGUCCAGACCCAAUGGGACGUCAGCAAUGCUUCUGGUGACUUUGGGGAAGGUAUUGAAAGUGAUUGUCGUCAUGCGGAGCCUGUUCAUUGAUCGAACGAUCGUAAAGGGCUAUAAUGAAAAUGUCUACACAGAAGAUGGCAAGCUUGACAUAUGGUCCAAGUCCAACUAUCAAGUAUUCCAGAAGGUGACAGAUCAUGCCACCACCGCCCUGCUUCACUACCAGCUGCCCCAGAUGCCAGAUGUUGUGGUCAGAUCCUUCAUGACUUGGUUGAGGAGCUACAUAAAGCUGUUCCAGGCCCCCUGCCAGCGCUGCGGGAAGUUCCUGCAGGACGGCCUUCCCCCUACCUGGAGGGACUUCCGGACCCUAGAAGCCUUCCACGACACCUGCCGCCAGUGAGCCUGCCCAGCCCCAGCCUGUGGGACGCCCUGUUGCCUGCCCCUGCUCCAGUGAUCCCUAGCUCUCACGCCCGAGCCCCCCGGCUGUGUCCCGCUGCUCCUCUCCAAGCAAGGGGACAGUCACGUCAGCAGUCGUGCUGCUCUUCCGGUGAGCCAGGCCGGCCCAUCAGUCAUGUCCAUGCCGUCCCCGGGAGUGCCCCAUGCACGCAUGUAUUACCUCGCCGGGCUCAGGCCUGUUGUGGUUUUGUAACUUAUUUUUAUAAACAAUAAACCUUUUGUACCCAG